CCCUUCUUGAACCCUUAUUUUUCAUUUCUUCUCCAGAAAAGCUCGCUUCAGGUAUUUUGGUUUUAGGGUUUCAAAUUUCAAUCAUUAGUUUGUGUCAUAAUUUCUUAUUUUUUUCUAUUUCUUUUGUUUAAUUACUUAUUUUCAUCUGUAGUUGUUGUUUAUUAACUAAGAAAACGUAGGAAAACCAGAAAGGGGAAAAAAUGUCGGUCACGGCAGGUGUUAGUGAUACAGUAAUAGCAAUUCGGGAUAAACUUAGAGGCAAAAUUGGGCAAACUAAAGUUAAAAGAUAUUGGCCUGGGAAAGCUCCUGAGUGGGCUGAUGAUGCCGAUGAAGAUGGCGAUAUUAGGAUGGCUAGGGCCGUUGCUUUAGAAAAAGCCUUUCCUACUCACGAAGAUUCAGGUAUUGUUAUAAAAGAUGAUCCUAGGUUACGUCGUUUGGCUGAGAGUAGGGUUGACAAUAGAGAUGAAAUUAGGGCUGAUCAUAGGCGUAUAAGGCAAGCUGAGAUUGUGUCGACAGAAGAGGAGGGGAACCGGAGGAAUGAAGGGGCUGAUGCCGAGGAAGAAGAUGAGGACGCCUUGGAAGAGAGGAGGAGAAGGAUUAGGGAGAAGAUGCUUCAGAGAAAACAAGAGGAAACUCCACUCUUGGAAGAGGAAGAGGAGGAGGAAGUGGAGGAAGAAGAGGAGGAAGAGUCGGAGUAUGAGACAGAUUCGGAAGAGGAACAUAUGGGAAUUGCAAUGGCCAAGGCAGUUUUUGUGCCGAAAUCCGAGAGAGAGACAAUAGCUGAGCGUAAGCGAUUAGAGGAGGAAGAACGGGCUAUGGAGGAGGCUGUGAAGAGGAAGUUAGAACAUAGGAAAAUUGAGACAAGGCAAAUUGUUGUUGAGAAGAUUAGAGAGGACACUGAGAUUCAGAAAAAUAUGGAAUUGGAGGCAAACAUAGAAGAUGUGGAUACUGAUGAUGAGCUUAAUGAGGCUGAGGAGUAUGAAGCUUGGAAGGCAAGAGAGAUUGCUAGAAUUAAGAGAGAUAGGGAAGAAAGGGAAGCAAUGAUUAAGGAGAGGGAGGAGAUCGAGAAGGUUAGGAAUAUGACAGAGGAAGAGAGACGGGAAUGGGAGAGGAAGAAUCCGAAACCUGCUCCACCGCCUAAACAGAAGUGGAGGUUUAUGCAGAAAUACUAUCACAAGGGUGCAUUCUUCCAGACAGAUGCUGAUGAUCCUGCUGCAACUGCUGGAGCACAAAAUAUUUAUCACCGCGAUUUCUCUGCCCCAACGGGUGACGACAAGAUGGACAAGACAAUAUUGCCCAAGGUCAUGCAAGUCAAGCAUUUCGGUCGUAGUGGCAGAACCAAAUGGACUCAUCUUGUCAACGAGGAUACAACUGAUUGGAACAAUCCAUGGACAUACAAUGAUCCCCUUCGGGCAAAAUACAACGCAAAAAUGGCUGCCGUGAAUGUACCGAUAGCGAAACCUAAAGGAAGCAAGAAGUUGAAGGAUUGGGAAAUGAAAUGAAUACUGGUUUCAAUCCAUGAUUUGAUUGGAGAGGUUGGUGUAUUUUGUUUUUUUACUGAUGACUGGCAUGUAUCAUUGCAAAUGGUACUAGGGGUGAUGCUUAUGAUGUAGGAGUUUAAUGAAUUAUAAAAACUUCGAUGAAAUGGACAUGUAAAAUUAAUUUCCUGAGAGAGCCCUAGUGUCCCAAAUGGUACUGGUAUGAUUUUUAAAUCAAUAGUAGUCGCAAAGCAUGUUGCCUUCAAA